UACAAAUCCCGGCCUCUCCACUUCCGGUGAGUGUUCUGCAUCCGGUCCGCGGACUCGUCUGACUCUCUCGCAGGUGGUCUCUAGCCACAUCCUCUUCAUGCUGCCCAGUGUCCUCCGCUGUGUUCGCUCUGCCUCCACCAGUCUCGCCUUAAACCGGCCUCUGGCCCACUUCAGACCACACAUGGACCCGGACCCAAGCCGGCCCGUUGAGAGGUCUAUCAGAACCAAACUGACCAACGCAAUAAAGCUGGACCACUUAGAAGUCCACAAUGAAAGCCACAUGCACGCCGUUCCUCCCGGCUCUGAAUCCCACUUCCGUGUCCUGGUUGUUAGCUCCCAGUUCGAUGGUCUUCCACUGAUAAAGCGCCACCGUAUGGUUAACGAGGCCCUGAAGGAGGAGUUGAGUAGCUGUGUUCAUGCACUGGCUAUACAGGCAAAGACUCCUGAGCAGUGGGGAAGUAACCCCACCCUGGCAAAGAGUCCGCCCUGCAUGGGGGGAUCGAGGGGAGAUCACACGGUGGAGGAGAAGUUGAAGGCUGGACGAGAAUGAUGUGUUGGACAAUGAGGCAGUGCUGCACUGCAUUGUGAAGAAUGCAGGUGAACGCUGUGACGGGUUCAUAGAUUAGUAGUUACCUCUCUUGACUUAAUGGUAGUCACAUAUUUCAUUGCAAAAAAACAAACACUGAAAUUAAAUAGCAUGACAAUAAUGCAACUUGCCCUUGCAAUGCUUACACUAAACAUCUUUUAUGAGUUUAAGGCUAAUGUUACUGACAGGGACGAGCCUAUUGCCUAAACAGUACUGACAUUUAGAUCUUGUGUCAGUAAAAAACUCUUUGUUUAUUAUCACAAACCAAACGUCAGUGGGCGAAGGUCAAUGAGAUUUCCUCAUUCUUACAAGAACAAGAAUCCUCUGAAAACUGUGAAUACAUUUCUGCUAUUUGUGAUUUGAAGGUUGUAAUAAAAUUAUUCAACCAUGCCAGAUA